ACAAACUGACCGACAGACAAGAAUCAACUUUCAUUAUGAAGGCUUUUUCUUCACCAGAGUCUCCCAGACAAAGGACUGUGAGAAGGAUCUCCAAGCCUCUGAUGGAGAAACGCAGACGGGAGCGGAUCAACAACAGCCUGGAGACAUUACGACUUUUGAUGCUGGAUAAUACCCACAAUGAGAAACUGAAGAAUCCCAAAGUGGAGAAGGCAGAAAUCCUGGAGAGCGUGGUUCAUUUCCUGAAGACUGAGAAGGAGGUGGAGAAGGGUCACCGUGUCAUGAGGAGAGUCCUGUCCAGGGAGCAGAGACCGACCUCCGCGCGCCAACACAGUUACCACGACGGCAUGAGGUCCUGUCUGCUCAGGGUCAGCCACUUCAUAGCCAGCAAGAGCCAGGAGUCAGAGGGGGCCGGUGGUGGGGAUGCAGUCCAGGCUGCGCUCCCAGAGCCCCAGACACACCCUUCGACCCCCGGGCACAUGCACAGGGCACAGGCCGCUCUGCCUCACCACCAGCACGCCAUGUCUCAUCCAUACCUCCCCCCGAGGACAGGCCUCCACUGCGACACCAGGGAGCUGAUCUCCGCUGCGCACGUCACGGAUCCAGUGUGGAGGCCCUGGCCGCAGUGA